AUGGAAGAGUCGGAAAAACAGAUCGAAGAUACCCCAGGAGCGGAGCCCUGCACACCGCAGGGGAGACCCCUGCUUGCUGCUGCCCAUGGAGCCCAGGAGAUCAGCCAGCUCUCAGACACCCUUAUGAUUAUCGAGAACGGGCGGGAGCGGGUGGAAGUGGAGGAGGACGGGGAGCUGAAGUCGAUCCACAUUGAUGAUCCCACCGCGGAGGACAUCAAGAAGGGGUACAGGAAGGCCGCGCUGAAAUGGCACCCAGAUAAAAACCCAGACAACAAGGAGUAUGCCGAGCAGAGGUUCAAGGAGAUCGCUGAGGCCUACGAAGUGCUGUCGGACAAGCAGAAGCGCGAUGUCUACGACCGUUACGGCAAGGAUGGACUCAUGGGAGCAGCUGGACCAGGGGGUUCCAGGGCUGACGCUGGGGCCCCUGAAUUCACCUUCACCUUCCGCAGCGCUCACGAUGUCUUCCGGGAGUUCUUUGGGGGGCGAGACCCCUUCGCCGACUUCUUUGAUGAGAUGCUGCCCUUCUCUGAGCUGCGAGGACAUGGUGCACGGCACCACGGAGGAGGCCACUUCUUUACCCCCUUCCCAGGAUCCUCAGAUUUCUUUGCCUCGUCCUUCAGCUCCGGCGCUGACGCAGGGCUGGGCUUCCGCUCCGUCUCCACCUCCACCACCUUCGUUAACGGCAGGCGCAUCACCACCAAGCGGUGA